AAUAAAUUGAUGGCUAUUUUGAAGUGAAAAUGGCGAGCAUUGCAUUGCGCGUAGAGUGUGGCUAUGGCGGCAGCACUCAGCUACUGCAAGCCUUCCCCAUUCAUUGGCCAAUUUCCUUCCAACUUUGGGAAGCCAGUAUCUCUGCGAAGCAUCGAAAUCUCGACGCAGGCAUCUAGAAUCACUGCACUGUUUUGGGGAUCUAAGAAGUCUGUGAAGCAUCAACCUGUGGAUUCUUCUUUGGGGGAUUUCACUUUGACAGGGUCAGAAACAGAGGAACUUAAAGAGAACCCGACAAAGGGCAAGAAGGUAUCGGUAUCGAUUAUUUCCUCAAUUCUGGACGUUUCUUCACAUGAAUGGGAUUCUUGCGCUCUGGAUGCUACCGGUCCUGAAAAGUUCAAUCCAUUUCUUUCUCAUGGUUUCCUUUCAAGCUUGGAAGAGACGGGUUGCGCAGUGAAGGAAACAGGAUGGAUGCCGAGCCAUAUCAUUGCUAAGGAUGAAUCUGAAAAUAUUUUAGGUGUUGCUCCUCUCUAUCUUAAAAGCCAUUCCUAUGGUGAAUUUGUUUUCGAUCAUUCUUGGGCAGAUGCAUAUUAUAGUUUUGGAGCAAGAUAUUACCCAAAGUUCCAGUGUUGUGUGCCUUUCACUCCAGUGACUGGUCCUAGGAUUUUAGUACGGAAUACAUCAUUCAAGGAUCAAGUUUUUGACGUUAUAGUCACUGCUCUGAAGGAUCUGACAGCGAAGUCUCAGGUUUCCUCUCUGCACAUUACUUUCCCAUCUGAAGCCGAAUGGUACAAACUGAAGGAUAGAGGAUUCCUACAGAGGAUUGGAAUGCAAUACCACUGGAAGAAUCGCAACUAUAAAAGUUUUGACGAGUUCUUGAUGGACAUGAAGCAAAGUAAAAGGAAAAAUAUCCGUCAAGAGCGCAAAAAGAUUCCUGCUCAGGAUUUGACAAUGAAACGGCUCAGAGGUUAUGAAAUUAAGGCCAAUCACUGGGAUUCCUUCUACAAGUUCUACCGGAAUACUACUGAUAAUAAGUGGGGCAGUCCAUACCUAACAAGAGAUUUCUUUCACGAAAUGGGAUCAAAGAUGGGAGAUGAUGUGUUACUCGUAGUUGCCGAAAAAAGGGACGAGCUUGUUGCAGGAGCUCUGAAUCUCAUUGGAGGCGAUACUAUAUAUGGACGCUUAUGGGGAUGUGACCCUCAAGUCUAUUAUCCGAGCUUGCAUUUUGAAGCAUGUUAUUAUCAGGCAAUCGAAGCGGCUAUCGAGUUGAAUCUAAGCACAGUAGAGGCUGGAGCUCAGGGUGAGCAUAAGAUUCAGCGAGGCUAUUUGCCGGUGCCGACUUAUAGCUGUCAUUACUUUAUCGAUGAGGGUUUCAAGCAGGCCAUAGGGGAAUUUCUGGUUCGAGAAUCAAAUCAGGUUGACCUUGUUAUGAAACUAUUUCAUGAAUCUGGUCCCUUUAAGGAGGGCAUACACUAACGGAGAGUUGCUGGAAGUUUGAUUGAAAAGCCAUCGUGCAUAAUAACAUUGAAAGGGGUUGUGAGAAAUUUGUAUGCAAAUUGAGACUGUUUAUGUUAUGUUGUAGUAGAAUAAUUAAUGUUAAUGUAAUUAGAGAUGUUAACAAGACAUCUAUGUUUGUAAGUUAUUCUAGUUUGGCUCUAAAACAAAAACUCUUGAACAUCAGCAAGAGCUUUAUUCAGAAAAUAAUCAAUGAAUUUUUUUUAUCAAGUAAAUGAGAAAUCAAGUAGUACAAACCA